AUGGCAAUUGUGUUCAAGAAUCUUUUUGUUCUCCCUGUCCUUUUCCUUUCCAGUUACGCCCAACUUUGGUUGAGGCCUGAUGCCUACGUAUUAUUCAACAGGAAAAAGAUCUUAGGCCCUCAUGAAUUGUUUAACGACCCUUUUGGAGAUGCUCUAGAUUAUAAGAGGAAAAAGAUCACCGAUGAUUUCGGGACUGCCCCACUAUCAGAUUCCGAAAAACCUUCUGUUCGUCCUAAUUAUGCGGGUCUACCUAAGGAACCUAAAGGGAGAUGGGAGUUGGUUGCUGUGAAUUCUGGUGUAUCAGCCAUGCAUGCAAUCUUGCUUCCUAGAGUUAACAAGGUUUUAAUGUAUGAUGCUACCAUUUGGAAGAAAUCAGAAAUCCGGUUGCCUACUGGGCAUUGCCGUCUGCUUAACCAGACUACAGGUGAAAAGGAUUGUUAUUGUCAUUCAGUUUUGUUUGACAUUGUCACAACGGCAUUAACACCACUGGAGCUUCACACAGAUACAUGGUGUUCAUCAGGAGGUCUUUCCGUUGAUGGAAACCUGGUGGGCACUGGCGGUUUCCAAGGAGGUGCCAAUACUGUUAGAUACUUGGAGACAUGUAAAGGCUGUAACUGGAGAGAAUUUCCAACGGCACUUGCUGAUCGUAGAUGGUACUCAACACAAGCGGAACUUCCUGAUGGUGGAUUCAUCGUGGUUGGUGGUCGCGAAGCUUUUAGUUAUGAGUACAUUCCACGAGAAGGAGACUCCAAUGCCAAGUCCUACUUCUUUGACUUCCUCAAGAAAACCAGUGAUAGGGAUGAGAACAAUUUGUAUCCUUUCGUCCACCUCUCCACCGAUGGCAACCUCUUCAUCUUUGCCAAUAAUCUUGCCGUCCUGCUCAAUCCCAAAUCCAACAAGGUUGUCCAUGAGUUCCCAGCCCUUCCAGGAGGUCAUCGCAGCUACCCUGCCACCGGAAUGUCUGCGCUGCUCCCAAUAAAACUACACUCCAAAAAUAAUGAUGUCAUCCCAGCUGAAGUCUUGGUUUGUGGAGGCUCCGGACACGAAGAUGCAUAUACCCAAGCUAGCAAAGAUAUUUUCUACACAGCACUCCAAGACUGUGGAAGAAUCAGAAUUACAGAUAAAAAGCCUGUCUGGAAGAGAGAAAUCAUGCCAUCACCCCGUGUUAUGGGUGACAUGGUGAUUCUUCCCACGGGAGACAUCCUCAUGCUCAAUGGUGCUAAGAGAGGAUGCUCGGGAUGGGGUUUUGCCAGAGAACCAAAUUUGGCCCCAGCAAUAUAUUAUCCCAAAGCAAAGUUAGGCAACAGAUUUAUGCAACUAAAAGCCUCUAUAAUUCCAAGAAUGUACCAUUCGUCUUCUGUGGUACUACCAAACGGUAAAGUCCUUGUGGCUGGAAGCAACACAAACAAUGGAUACGUUUAUAAUGCCAUUUUCCCCACUGAAUUAAGAGUUGAGAAAUUCUCCCCACCUUACUUGGAUCCAUCAGUGGCAGUGCAUAGACCUGUGAUUGUAACUGAUAAAGCCCCAGAGCAGAUUAGUUAUGAUGAGACGUUCCAGCUCCAAAUCAAAUCAACAGCAGUAAAAGUAGAGAAGAAAGACAUCAUAGUAACGAUGUAUGCUCCUGCUUUUACCACUCAUGGGGUGUCAAUGAAUCAAAGACUCCUCGACUUGGGUUUGGAGGAUGUGAUUGCCGAAAAUGCUUUCCUAGGGAUCCACACUAUCACCGCUGUGUCACCACCCAGCGGUAAGGUUGCUCCUCCAGGGUACUACAUGCUCUUUGUUGUUCAUCAAGGAGUGCCAAGUGUUUCCACCUGGGUGCAGAUCAAGUGA